CUCUAUAAUCCGUGAAGCCCCAUCAGGUUACUGUACUUGUAAAAACAGAAAGCUACAAGUAUAUGCAGAUAUUAUACUACUCAAAUCAAUCAAUCUCUCUCUGAUCUCUCUCUCCCUCUCGAUCUCUCGCAUCAUAACAAUGGCCACGAGAUACUGGGUCGUAUCUCUCCCGCUUCAAAACACCCCCGCCUCAUCUCUCUGGAGUCGCCUUCAAGAUUCCAUCUCCAAAAACUCAUUCGACACUCCUCUCUACAGGUUCAAUAUUCCUAAUCUUCGUGUUGGGACAUUAGAUUCACUCCUAUCACUCAGUGAUGAUCUUCUAAAGUCUAAUAACUUCAUUGAAGCUGCGUCGCACAAGAUACGGCGUCAGAUCGAGGAUUUGGAGAGGGUUUCUGGGAUUAAUAGUAGUUCUUUGACUGUCGAUGGGGUUCCUGUCGAUUCUUAUCUUACUAGAUUCGUGUGGGAUGAGGCUAGGUAUCCGACAAUGUCUCCUCUCAAGGAGAUCGUGGAUGGAAUUCAUGUACAAGUUGCCAAGAUAGAAGAUGAUCUCAAGGUUCGGGUUGCUGAGUAUAACAAUGUGCGCAGUCAACUUAAUGCCAUAAACAGAAAGCAAACCGGAAGUUUAGCCGUUCGUGAUCUGUCAAAUAUAGUGAAGCCUCAGGAUCUUAUCACAACAGAACAUCUGGUGACCCUUCUUGCUGUAGUCUCCAAGUAUUCACAGAAAGAUUGGUUGUCGAGUUAUGAGACACUCACAACUUAUGUGGUCCCCAGAUCAUCUAAGUUGCUACACGAGGACAAUGAAUAUGCUCUUUAUACUGUCACAUUAUUCAGUCGUGAUGCUGACAAUUUUAGGACCAAGGCACGUGAAAGAGGUUUCCAAGUACGGGAUUUUGAAUACAACUCAGAGACACAAGAGUCUAGGAAGCAGGAGCUUGAAAAACUGCUGCAAGACCAGGAUACUUUGAGGAGCUCUCUCCUCCAGUGGUGUUAUGCCAGUUACGGGGAGGUUUUUACCUCCUGGAUGCACUUUUGUGCUGUACGUGUGUCUGUGGAGAGCAUUCUAAGAUAUGGACUGCCACCAAAAUUCUUGUCUGCCGUAUUGUCACCAUCCGUGAAAAGUGAGAAGAAAGUACGUUCAAUAUUAGAGGGACUAUCAGACAGUUCAAACAGCACAUUUUGGAAAGUUGAUGAUGAAGCAGGCAUGGGUGGUUUUGGAGGUGAUGCUGAUGCCUAUCCAUAUGUCUCCUUCACUAUUAAUCUUAUAUAAUCCACGCAUUUGAUGUGACCAUCUGCAUUCUAAAUUCUUCAUUGGGUAUUAUCAAUAAAGAGCGAUUCUGAAGUUGCUGUAUUAUAGGGUCAUUACCCGAACUGGUAUCCUUAUGAGUGUAUUAAACUUGCGAAAGCUCCUUGUUUUUCUUUCCUCCAAUUCUGAACGGAAGCCUUAGUUCACUUGUAUUUAUGUAUGAGGUUGUAUCUAUUUACGCUGGCAAUUCUUUUUAGCUACCGAAGCCAGGAGUUAAGAAUGUUCUAGUUUUUUAUUCAAAUCUUCAUCCAA